AUGACUCUUGUGAAGUGGGAGAUGAUCCAGGCACCAAAGAAGUUAGGAGGGCUGGGCGUGGGUGAUGUAGUGGUUCACAACACUGCUUUACUGUUUAAAUGGUGGUGGCGUUUCUCGAAGGAGGACUGUCCGUUGUGGAAGAAGAUUGUGUGUUCUUGUAAUAGAUUGAACUCAAAUCAGUUGCUAUCAACUCAGACUUUGCCGGUGAGAGGGGGUCCAUGGAGCGAUAUAUGUCAUCUACAAAUAAAGGAGCAACAAGUAAGGCAGAAGAUGAUCGAUGACCUCGCUAUUGAGUGGAGGCGGGAGCUCCGCCAGUGGGAAUCAGAGACUUUAGAUCAGUUGCUGCAUGACUUGCAAUCUGUUAGGCUGAUAGCAGAAGUGCAAGAUAGAGUGGUGUGGAAAUUCGACAAGGAAGGUGUUUAUACGACUAACUCAUUUGUGCAGGUUUUGCAGGAAGCGACUCUGGAUGAGAAAAUUCUGAGGUACAAAUUCACAAAAGAGAUUUGGAAAGGUUUAGUUCCGCCUAGAGUUGAGUUAUACUCGUGGUUUGCUCUGAUUGGUCGGAUCAACACAAAGGACCGGCUUAGUAAGUUGGGUAUUCUAGGACCACAUGAUAAUCUGUGUGUGUUGUGUAAGAAAGCAGUUGAAAGUGUUCAUCACCUGUUGGUUGCUUGUGAGUUUUCUUGGCAAGUGUGGUGUAGAUGGAUUUCGGAAUUCGGUCAGGAAUGGACAGCUCCUGGCACCUUGAAAGAUCACUUUGAGAGUUGGAGAUCCAUGCCAAUAAGACAGGAGGUACGCAAGUUCUGGCUAGUUGGGUUCUUUUCAGUGAUAUGGAACAUUUGGUUACAGAGAAAUGAUGUAAUCUUUCGGAACAAAACAGUAGGUGUUGUAGAGUGUGUGACACAAUCGUUUCUUAGUGCUGUGGAAUGGUGUGGAAACUAG